UAAACACCGGCAAUCAGAGUUAGUUGAAGGAAAGUCUAAUUGGACUUUAAUCAUUCCGGAGCUCUUUCACCGAGAUGUCGUACCAAGGAUACCAGCAGCUACUUGUGGAGCAGCAGGGCAAGCUGCUCGUGGUGAAGUUCAACAACCCGAAAAAGAAGAACUGCAUCAACAGGUUCACCUACCAGGAGAUGACCCGGGUUCUGACCGAGGUCAACGACGACGAGGGCGUAAACCUAGUGGUUUUCACCGGCGUGGGAGAUAUCUUUACGGCCGGAAAUGACUUGACUCAAUCUGCCCAGAGUGAUGAUAUCGAUGCCUUCUUUAAACAGUCUAAUGCUACUUUUAAGGCCAUGGUUCUGAGUUUUGUGAACUGUAAGAAGAUAGUGUUUGCUUUGGUCAACGGACCGGCAAUCGGAAUUGGAGCCACCAUUGUGGGAUUGAGCGAUGUGGCCUGGUGUUCCGAAACAGCCUACUUCCACACCCCUUUCACCAAGUUGGGUCUCGUCCCAGAAGGUGGUUCCUCCUAUAUGCUGCCCCUAAUCCUGGGCCGUUCCAAAGCCUCGGAAACCCUGCUCCUAAACGAACCCCUCUCCGCCCAGGAGGCCUAUCAAUUCAACUUUGUUUCCCGUGUUUUCAAGACCAACGAACUGGAUUCCGUCAUCUGGCCAAAAUUGCGUCAGUACUCCGAGUUACCCACAAACUCUUUGCUCCAAGGAAAACGCCUCAUCAAGGAGGGAUUCCUGGAGAAGCUCCUCAAAGCCAACGAAGCCGAGUGCAAGCAAUUGCUCUUGCAGUUCCAGCAUCCGGAAUUCUUCCAGGCCAUCAUGGAUUUCGCCAGCCGCAAAGCCAAGUCCAAGUUGUAAAUAAGUUUAAAGUUUAAGUGCCUGAAAUACAUAUUUCCUUCUUUUUUAUUUUUGUCUAAAAAAGCUAUGUAUUUUUU